GCCAGUUCCAAUAUGAACCCUUUGACGUGCACUGCUUCCCUGUCCCCUCCCCCCUAUUGACCCUUACAGCUCCCUCUUCCUUCUUUCCAUCCUCUUCUUCCCAUAAACUGAUCACAUCCCUCCGCUUUCUCCAUCCCCUCGCAUCCUCCCUCUCCCUUCCACGCCAACACCGCCACUGCUGUCUGCACUGCUGACCCUGUCUGAUCCCUCCCUCCUCCGCCUCCUUCUCCUUCUGCUGGCCACAUUCCUCUUCUUUCUCUCUUUCUCUUUCUCUCUCUCGCCAUUGUUAUAAAGCACCCACCGACAGCAACUACGCCGUCGCCACCAAAAUCCCACCACCAACACAAACACAAACAUAAACACGGCUUUGCCAUGUCAAGCUCACAGGCAUCGAGUCAGGCCGCCAAUGCUACAGCCAUGGCCAAGAAGACCAUCUCCAAAGAAGAAUGGAGCGCCCAACUGGCAGAGAUCCACGUCGACCGUGAGGACUUGAACAAGUUGAUCAUGAACUAUCUAAUCAUUGAGGGUUACAAGGAUGCAGCGGAAAAGUUCAGUCAGGAAAGCGGAGCGAAACCACCUGUGAAUCUCGAGUCGAUCCAAGAUCGUAUGGUCGUCCGCACGGCCAUCCAACGUGGCAAUAUUGAGGAGGCCAUCGAGCGAGUGAAUGAUCUCAAUCCAGAGAUUUUGGACACCAACCCCAAGCUGUUCUUCCAUCUGCAACAACAACGUCUGAUCGAAUUCAUCCGCGAGGGACAAAUCAUGGAGGCCCUCGAAUUUGCACAAGAAGAGCUGGCGCCACGUGGAGAGGAAAAUCCUGAGUUUUUGGCUGAGUUGGAGAGGACCAUGUCGUUGUUGGCGUUUGAGCUGAAUGGACCAUCACCCGUGAGUGAUCUGCUUACACCGGCACAGAGACAAAAGCUGGCCUCGGAGCUCAACUCGGCCUUGCUUCUCUCACAGUCGCAAGAGAAGGAUCCAAAGCUGCCUGCGCUGCUCAAGAUGUGCUGGUAUGCGCAGCAGCAGUUGGAUGAGCGGUGCACGUACCCGAAGAUCAAAGAUUUUACAAAGGCCGAGCUUGUCAUGGAACCCAUGGGCAGUGGUCCGAUUGGUGGUGGAAGCGGCUCUGGCACCGUUGCUGGUGUAUAAUCGUGGGAAUUCCAAUCAGCUCACUCCUUAGACCUGUAUUCCUUGUCGCUGCCCUGCUUUUGCUAUUGCUAUUGCCACUACUACUACUACUACUACUGCCUUCUGUUCCCAGUGUUUGUUCAUUCCUGUUCUUGUAAAUAAAUCGCUGUAAU